CAAACAGCUGAUCGUUUCGGAAUACGGUCAUACCUGCACCUACAACAUGUUUUUCCUGUCAAAUUUGUAUAUUUGUAUCAUAAACUAAACGGAAAAAGUGUAUCCCUAGCCGCCAGUGAAGAGUUCUGGAAAUCAGCCAGCCCACCAUCUCCACGGAUCCGCACGCGUAGUAGAAACAAUGGCCACCUCAGUGCUGCUCGCCUGUGGGCUCAAUGAACAGAAAUUGCCCGGAUUCGUGCACAUAAGCGAGGAGUCCAAUGUGGACGGCAGCUUCCUGAUCAGCUGCAUUUUGGGCCAGAGGUUGCGCAUCUCCAACGCUGGAACCCUGCUCGUCUGCCUGCAGCAUCACUAUCAGCACUAUUUUAAUGCUGGCAUGAGAUUGGGCUACAACACGAACAUUUUCCGGGGAAAAACCCUGGGGGUCAUCGAUGUCCUGAGCGACAUGGCCGGCGAGGGAUUGGCCUCCAAGUGGCUGCGCAACUCCGAGGGUCAGACACUAACCGAGCAGCUAGUAGAGGACAUUCGUGCCCAGGUGGAGAGCAACUAUGCCAGUCGCAACUCCUACACUGUGCUGAUUGACAACCUGUCCAUAUUGUUCAAUUUGGGCGCCAGCAAGCUGCAGGUUCAACAGUUCUGCCAGGACUUGGCCACCCUCGCCAAGGAGCGCGACAAUCUCACGGUGAUCACGAAGCUGAGCAACAGCGACAUCUACCAGCUGACAGACAACAAUGUGGCCAAGCUCGGGCAGGUGCGCAUCCAGGUGUUGCGCCUGAAGAGCGGUGUGUUCCGCGAGGUGGACGGUAAGCUGCUCAUCGAACGCGUCCUUGAUGAAGGCAACUACGCCUGCGAGGAGACGCGCAAGGAGGUGCUCUACAAGGUCAACGAUCGCAACGUCAAGGUCUUUACACCGGGCGAAAUUGGAGUGAAGGUCUAGUGGCACAAAAUAAUUGUAUGAAUUUUAAUAAAGCCAUUUUUUGUAUAUUCUGAGAA